CUUCUUCUAAUGCAGCCCGGAUAACUGAUAUGUGUGCCCAGGACAUCGUGUUUGAACCUUAAUUGGAUAUAAGCACGAAAAUAAGUUGCAAUGAACACACAGGCAAACAUUAUUACGCUGAUUCUCGUGGGAACGUUUCGAGUGGUGUCUUUAUCAACGGACGGGUGAUCCGAUUACUCAUGCGUGACGACAAGCUAGUUCAGAAAAAGCCAUGGACUUCGCCGGUAGCCAUUGUGUUGAUGUUCUAAUUCUGGCAUAGUGGACGUUCCGUGCUGACUAUAUGUAUACAACCAAAGUUUCGGUGAAAUACCAUUGUACGUUUAUUCUUACUGGAUGUUUCAUAUCAUAUUUCAUUACUUGAAGCACUAAUAGUGUGCGCUCCGUGCUGGCUAUAUGGAUACAACCAAUUUUUUGUGUGAAAUGCCAGUGUACGUUUACUCUAACUGGACGUGUGGUAUCGUUUUUAUUGCUUGGUGUACGUUCCGUGGUCGCUAUAUGCACACAACUAAGUUUUGGUGAAAUACCAGUGUACGUUUAUUCUUACUGGACAUAAUUGCGAUAGCGUAUUUAUCGCUUAGUGUACGUUCUGCUGUGACCAAAUGAUACAACCAGUGUUUUGGUGAAAUAUACCCAUGUGCUCUAUCCGGAAGUAUGUAGGUUUUUCAAUCGGAUUUUUUUUUUUUUUUUUUUGGGGGGGGGGGGAGGCUUCAUUUUAUGAUGAAGUGGCUUUAUCUAAAACUUAUUAAUAUGGGACUGAAAAUGAAGAACCUCUUGAACGGUUGUUUUUUGGGAAUAUGUGUGAUAGGAUUUACUUUUAUUGUGAUCAGCUAUGUUUAUAUUCAUAAUAUUGAGACUCGUUUACCCGUCUAUUUUCACUCUAAUAUUCUGACGGGUCCAGGCAGCAGCAGACGUCACAUUACGGGAAAAAAAUUUGCGUAUCUAAAGGAAUCAGCAAAUGUUUCUCAGUCAGUAGAAAGAGAUGCUCACCGCAAUGUGUCUCAGUCAGUAGAAAGAGAUGCUCAUCGCAAUGUGUCUCAGUCAGUAGAAAGAGAUGCUCAUCGCAAUGUGUCUCAGUCAGUAGAAAGAGAUGCUCAUCGCAAUGUGUCUCAGUCAGUAGAAAGAGAUGCUCAUCGCAAUGUGUCUCAGCGUCCGAGUGUCCCGGAAUCAGCAGUGUAUUCUGAUAGAUGUGAUCUUAGUACAGACUGGGGAAGAAACCGGACACGUGAUCAUUUAAAUCUCACAUCUCAAGUCUGGGUCGCGACUCACACGACGACGGACAUUUUUGUUUAUUCUGCGUAUUACGACGUCAACGCCGACAAGAUUGCGUUCAUCAGAGUCAUAGGCGUCGGUUUGACGUCGGCGAAACAUCACGUGAUAUGUCUUGUACAGUGGUCUGCUGAUUCCACGUGUUUGGAAGAUCGACCUGCCACUGUGGAAAUUAUGCCAGAAAACCAGAAUAAAAAAUAUGCUGCGUUAUAUGUCAUGUGCAAACUGAACGAGUCAAAGAACAGGAAGCCAUAUUCUGUGACAAUAACUGGACACAAUUGUACCCAGCUGAAAAACAGAUUGCUAGUCAAUUACCCAGAACCACAUCGCUUCAACAUCACAAUCUGUCUUUCUUGCAUUCAUUCAAAAUACAAUGACGAAACAGAAACCAUCCAGUCCAUAGAAAUAGACCAAAUAUUAGGUGCUGAACAUUUUGUUGUCUAUAAUUAUUCAGUAGGAGCUGAAGUAAAUAAAGUGUUCAACUAUUAUUCCAGUCAAGGGAUUUUGGAUACAAGAGCCUGGAAUUUACCCAAAACAGAAAUUCAUUAUUUUGGGCAAUUGGCAGCGAUUAGCGACUGUAUGUAUUCAAACAGAGGAAGAUCGAAGUAUGUAAUUGUGAAGGAUCUAGAUGAAAUUCUCGUUCCAUACAAAGACAAAACUCUACCUCCCCUCAUCAGCAGGAUGAUGAAAAAGAAACCAUCGGCAGCUACCAUCAUGUUUCGACACACGGUUUUUCAGAAAACCUGGCCAGAUGAAGUGAAAGGCUUCAACAAUUCUCAAAGAGCAAGUCGGUUCAAGCUUUACUCGUUGUUGAAGAUAUGGCGGGAAAAGUAUAUAUGGGUUUCGAAAAAGAAAUGUAAGACUGUUUUCUUGCCCGAAAGAGUAGAAAUUCCAGGAGUCCAUUUUUCUUGGAAGACACGAAAAGGUUUUGUUGAGACGGAAGUCCCGUUAAAAGAAGGUUUGGUCCAUCAUUACAGACAAUGGCCAAUAAUCGUAAAGAACGGCAAAAUUAAAGAAACAUUUGUGAGGAUCUAUAGUAAGCAGCUGAUAGACAACUAUCAAAGGACGUUUAAUCUCGUACAUAACAUAUCUAGCAUAUCUAUUACAUCAAAACCCUAGCAGUGAUAUUUUAUGUGCAUAGGCUUGGUUAUUCUCGGUAAAUUCUUCAGAUAGUAUGUACAUGAAUGAACGAACGAACGAACGAAUGUUUAACGAGACCUCAAAAUUCACAUCGGCCGAUGGUUUUUCAAACAAAGGUAAAUAUAUACAAAUAUUAUCAAAGGCUGUGGUAUGCUUCUGUUCGGUAGGUGUAGUCAUUUCGGUAGCUGGUUUUGUCUCCCACUUUAGACCAAGCGUCGUUAAUAUAAACAAAUAUAUUUUGUUCUUUCUUUUAUACAGAGUAAUUUAAUGUCCAGCGUACGUGGUAUGCGACAUCGUGACCAACAAACAAAACAUCGUGAUCUGAAACUGCACGAUGUCACUACAGUAUUUAUUAUACAAGUGGAUACUUAAUAACCGAGCUACACAAUGGAUUUAAGUCAACUAUUUUUAUUGCUGGAAAGAGAACAUAAUAGGCAACUUUGCAAUGUCACGAUGAGUGAUGUUAUUUGUUCACAUUGUUGAUAUUGUUCAGGCACUUAAGCGGCCAUUGGUGGCCAUUCAGUUGAUCGUGACAGACGUUACAAAAAUGUCAAUUGUUUGUAACAUCAGACACGGUCGAUUAAAUGGCCACUAAAAUAUACUGAAAACCGACUGUGAAUUGUGUGUGUGGGCGUGCGCGCUCGUUUUUGUAUGUGUAUGUAGCAUCAGUAAAUGAGUAAAGUAUGCUUAUCUGAUAUGAACCUGUGGGGCGGGACGUAGCCCAGUAGUAAAGCGCUCGCCUGAUGCGCUGUCGGUCUGGGAUCGAUCCCCAUCGGUUCACCCAUUAGGCUAUUUCUUGUUCCAGUCUGUGCACUAAGACUAGCUGGAACGAGAAAUAGCCUAAUGGGCCCACCGACGAGGAACGGUCCCAGACCGACCGCGCAUCAGGCGAGCGCUUUACCACUGGACUACGUCCCGCCCAUUAGCUAGAUGUUACUGUUAAUAAAGAAUCAGAGGAAAGCAAAACUUCAACAUCAAAGGCCGUGGUAUGUGCUAUCCUCUCUGUGGGAUAGUGCAUAUAAAAGAUCCCUUGCUGCUAAUUGAAAAUAGUAGCCCAUGAAGUGGCGACAGCGGGUUUCCUCUCUCAAUAUCUGUGUGAUCCUUAACCAUAUAAACGUAACUAAAAUGUGUUGGGUGCGUCGUUAAAUAAAACAUGUCCUUCCUUCCUCAACACAAUUUAAACUAUUGUUAUCUGGCGUGUGACUGGAGGUUAGUUAAACACGUCGUUUAGAGAGUGAGGAAGGAAACCCGCUGUCACCACACAUGCUACUCCUGACGAAGAGAUGCCAACAGAACAGUGUUCGUCUCCGACGUUCCCUGUACAAGUUUUUACAAACGUUAUACAAUACUCAUUUCUUUUCAUUUAUAGUUAUUUUCGUGAUUAUAACCAAGUGAGAUUCAAGCAAUACUCAUCACCAGUGAGGUAUAAAGUAAUUAACCAUAUACUGACGAUUCCACUACACGCAUUACUCAGCAGAUUUAUAUACUAGUGUGCGUGCGUGCAUGCGUGCGUGUAUGUGCAUUAGACUCCCAGUGAUAGAACUCACUGCCUAUGUAUGUUACUUGCACUUUCCGCUACUUCCCAAAUAAGCUUGGCGGGACAGCUGAAAUCUACAUAUGGAUGCGAAACAAAAAUUAAAGUUUUGUUUUGUUUAACGACACCACUAGAGCGCAUUGAUUAAUCAGUCAGCGGUUAUUGGUUGUCAAACAUUUGGUAAUUCUGACUCGUAGUCAUCAGAGGAAACCCGCUACAUAUUUCGUAAUGCACCAAGGGAUCUUUUAUAUGCACUUUCCCAUAGACAGGACAUACCAAGACCGUUGAUAUACCAGUCAUGGUGCACUGGCUGCUGUAUUUCCACGUUGUUAACAAUGUUCAUUGCAAAGGAAAUUAAGAACCUACAUCAUCAACUUGUUACUUCUGUUAUUUAUUUAACAUUUCUGUAAAACAAUAAAAGGAACAACUA